GAUUUAAUUUCCUUAUUAAAAUUGAAAAGAAAAAAAGAGACAACAUUGAAGGGAAGAAGAAUCCUUGCCAUGCGAUUAGGGUUUGAUAUUGAAAUUGAAUUGCAGCAAAGAGAUUGUUGAUAAAUCGUAGGGGAAAUUUGGGGAAUCAAGAGAAAUGGGAGGCGGUGGUGCUGACAGGGAUAAGAGUAAGCAAUGGUCGUCUCCGAGCAGGGAUUAUAAAGCGAAAGAUGAAGACCCUAGCCUUUGGGGAAUUUUCCUCUUUGGUUUAAUUGGCGCCACUGCAACCACUUUCGCGGUUAGGCAGCUGAGGAGGUCCGUUGAUUGGAUAUAUACUCGGUUAGUCAGGUCAAAAUCAUCACGGGGAGGAGGUUCUUUCCGAACAUCCUUUCAGGAGGAAGCAUGGAGAAGGUAUAAUCGCCGAAUACAAGAAGAACAUGAGGAAGAAAUGGAAAGAGUGGAGAGAAUAAGGCGCAUGCAAAGUGUGUUUAACCGGGAGCGAAAUAAAAACAAAAGGUGCUAUGAGAGCUGGAAGGAAAAUGGUCCUGGUGCUUACCAUCAGCACUUCCAGCGAGAUGAUUGGUAUUGGAAGGCGGAUGCAUCUUACAAAGAUCAAAGAACCAAUUACAGGCCACCUCAAAGAGAUAGUGCACGCUAUCCAUUAUCACAUCACUAUACUGUUUUAGGUCUUGACAGAGCCAGAAUGAAACCAUAUACAGAAGAUGAGAUUAAGACAGCAUUCAGGGCCAAAGCAAAAGAAUUCCACCCAGAUCAGAACCAGGAUAAUAAAGAAGUCGCGGAGGCAAAAUUUAAAGAGGUAAUGACCUCAUACGAGGCCAUAAAGCAAGAAAGGAAGAACACGAGGGCAUGAAAACCGUAAACGUAGCUAUAAUUCUACAGGAGUUGAGGCAGUUAAAUGC